CGAACCAAUUUGUUGUGCGAUUGCAAUCGUACAUCGCCUUCACCGGGAUUUAUUGGCCGGAGGAGAAACCGGUGCCGGAUUCUGCAAAGGGUGGUCAGUGAGUUCGAGGUAGACCGGAAAUAACAUGCAGAGUCUCUUCUAUCGUACUGAAUCCAUCAAAUCCAACUCCAUAAUAGCUCAUUAUUGCUUCAACUUUACCCGUUCAUUCUCUUCAACUUCUGAUCUCCAUUCUUCAUCUCUCUGCAACCUCUUAAAAGGCCGUAUUACCCAUAAUCACCUUCAACAAAUCCAUGCUCGGGUUUUCCGUAUUGGUGCUCAUCAAGACAACCUCAUAGCUACUCGCCUUAUUGGUCAAUACCCAUCAAACUUUUCUCUUCGUAUACUUCAUCAGCUAAAGAUACCCAACAUAUUCCCCUUUAACGCUAUUAUUAGAAUACUAAGUGAAGAAGGAAGUUUUACUGAUGCAUUCUUGGUAUUUAACAAGUUGAGGGGCCAGUCCCUUUUGCCUAAUGAAUUGACCUUUUCUUUUCUUCUUAAAGCUUGUUCUCGUUCUGGGAAUUCAUAUUAUGUUCAACAAGUUCAUACCCUUGUUGUGAAAUUGGGAUUUGGUGAGGACCCAUCUAUAUGUAAUGGGUUGUUAAGUGUUUAUGCCAGGGGUUUGAAAGAAUUACAUUCUGCGCGUAAGGUAUUUGAUGAAAUGCCUGAGAAGGAUGUUGUUUGUUGGACUUGUUUGAUUUCUGGGUAUGCUAAGUUUGGUAUGUCUGAAGAAGCUUUGGGUUUGUUUUUAUGUAUGGUAAAGAAGAGUUUGAUCCCUGAAAAUGAUACUAUGAUUAAUGUUUUAUCUGCAUGUUCAAAACUUGAUAUGUUAAAUAUUGAGAAAUGGAUUGGGAAUUUUUGGUAUUCAAUGCAACAGUAUGAUUUGGGAUGUUCUGGAUGUGACUCAGUUAAUACUGUUCUUGUUUACUUAUAUGGGAAGUGGGGAAAGGUUGAUAAGAGUAGGGAAAUAUUUGAACAGAUUUCUGGUGAUGGGAAGAGAAGUUUGCUUCCUUGGAAUGCUAUGAUAGGCGCGUACGUUCAGAACGGCUGUGCUCUGGAUGGCUUAUGUGUUUUCCGGUUAAUGAUGGAGCUUAAUUGUUGUUGCCCCAAUCAUGUGACAAUGGUUAGUGUGCUCUCAGCUUGUACUCAAGUUGGUGAUUUGAACCUUGGUGUGUGGGUUCAUGAGUACAUGCAAGGUAGUAGGCAAAAAAGCUUUUUACUUUCAAAUGCAAAUCUUGCAACUGCUUUGAUAGAUAUGUACUCUAAAUGCGGGAGUUUAGAGAGAGCAGGGGAUGUUUUUGACCAAUUGUUUGUAAAAGAUGUUGUUUCAUUCAAUGCGAUGAUCAUGGGUCUCGCAGUAAAUGGUAAAGGUAAGGAGGCGUUAAAACUUUUCUCACAAAUGCUUGACCUCAAUUUGCGUCCAAAUGCUGGGACUUUCCUUGGUUUGCUAUGUGCUUGCAGUCACGCAGGGCUGGCAGCAGAAGGCCGUCAAAUAUUUAAGGAAAUGAGCCAAUGUUUUAGAAUUGCUCCUAGAUUGGAACAUUAUGCUAGCUAUAUUGAUCUCCUUGCUCGAGUAGGUUAUGUUGAGGAAGCACUUCAAGUUGCUACCUCAAUGCCUUUUAAACCCAAUAAUUUUGUAUGGGGAGCUUUACUUGGUGGCUGCAUGCUACAUAACAGAUUGGAAUUGGCGCGGAUUAUUUCCUCCGUUCUUGUUGAGGUGGACCCUAACAAUUCUGCUGGCUAUGUGAUGUUGUCCAAUACAUAUGCCAUUGAUCAUCACUGGGGUGCUAUUUCACGGCUGAGGUUGUCUAUGAAGGAAAAAGGAGUUGUGAAGCAGCCAGGAUGUAGCUGGAUCAACGUUGAUGGAGUAGUGCAUGAAUUUCUGGCUGGUUCCUCGUCGCAUCCUCAGAAUGAACGCUUGCAUACUGAAUUGCAGGUCUUACUGAAGGAGAUGAAGCUAGCAAGUGUUUAGACAACUAACAAGCAUAUUCUGGUUAGGAGUUACUUUGAGUAGCAUCAUCUUUCUACCAUAAAGAUUUUCCCAGAAUUAAGAAUGGGCUCCGUGGGAUAGAGCUGCAUUGAAGAUCUCUGUUGUUUGGAAAGUUUGGCAGUCUCAAAAUUGGCGAGGCAGGACGUUUGACUUGUUUGAAUGAUAACCAGAACUAUUUGAGGAAUGGCCUAAAUAGGAUUGUUAGUGCAGAAACAAUUUGCCUUUAGCUGACUGUCAAAUACUACAAGAAGACAAUCCUCUCUAGCCAUGCAGAUGUUCUGGACUCACUUGGCAGAGAUACUCAGGAAAAACUCUCUUCCUUUUAUAAUUUUUUCUUUUUAAUUGGGUGGGGCAGCUUCUUUGAAAGCUAGCUUGACUCAGACUAACAUCCUAACGAGGGCCACGAGCUUGGCAAGCUAGUAUUAUCUUUGCGAAAACACUAUUGAUACUCUAAACCUACACUCUGAGUUCGUUCAAUGUUUGUGGCACAUGCCUUUCAUUGUUCAAAAUAUCUAGUGCAUGGAGCUUGGUUCUGUCAUAGUCUAAGAUCGUUUGCCUGACUGGCAUGGAGUCAAGAUUGGUAAAACCAAAUGGAUUAUUUAUAAUGCAUCCUCCCGUUGUUUGAAGGAAAAGGGGCGGAAUCUGUGAAGAUAGAGGUCCUUUCUUUUUCUUAAGGUAUGUGGACUUCAACAUUAUUUUUGUUGGUAAACAAGAGUGUCUAGAAGGAAUAGAAGAUAUGUUUCAGUUAUUAAAUUCUCAGCACUAUCAUUAUUAAAAUUGCUAAUAUCUCUAGUGGUAGUUAUGCUUAGAAAUGCUAGCCCCUGCUUGUGGGCUUUCCUUUGGAGAAAUGGGCAAACUGGUGUUUUGGGAAGUGUGAAUGAUACUACCAGACCCAGUGUUUAAGCUAGGGAUAUGUUCAUACGUCCCAAGAUGUCUCAAGAACGUGCACACCGAGCCUAGCUAAGGAGUUCAAGGAUUGGACUUCCAGUCGCCACCUCAAAGGCGAAGAGGGUGCUCGGAAUGAAGGGCUUAACAACAUGAUAACAUGGAAGCACAAGGCUCCACCUAAAAGAGUACCCGGAGCUGAAAAGAGGUUCCUAACUUUCAUCAUCAACAUUGUCAGUACCUACGUCUUCAAUUUGAAUCUUUGAGCUUCCUGUGAAAUGGUUGCAUCAAUCACCUUAUCGAGCGUUAACGAAUGGAGUUUUGGCCAAAAUCAUCUUUCAACUAUACUUCAAGAAAUUCAGAAAUUCAGAAACAUUCUACAAAAAUCAAGUCAUUCCUUCACAAUUAUUAUUUUUAGGUAUUCCAAAAUACUAUUGUGAACUUUUUCGGCAGUUGAAUUUAGCAUUAUGCAAAAUCUUUUAACUUG